AUGUGCGCAGAGACAGAUGAAGAACUGGGACGAUCUGGCCCAUCGCCGUCGAUCUCCUCACGACCCCCAGGGAGACCCACUGUUUCUCCGAAACAUUGGACACAUGCAGCAGCAUCAUCAGAGGCGAUGGAUCGCGAGGAUGCCGGGGUACCAACUGUUAGUUCUACAGAGAGUGGUCCUAAGGAAUGUCAGCCGAUACCAUUGACUGACUUCCCUGCUUCCGUUCAGAAGAAAAGUUCACGAACCCUAGAGAGACCCCCUAUUACUCCCAAACGUUUGACACUUGCAACAGUAUCACCACAGGCGAUGGAUCGCGAAGAUGCCGGGGUACCAUCCGUUAGUUCUCCAGAGAGUGGUCCUAAGGAGCGUCAGCCGAUACCAUUAUCUGAGUUCCCUGCGUUUGUUCAGAAGAACAGGCAUUCCACUUUCUUUCAAGAGGAAUUCAAUGACUUGCCGGAAGCAAAUAUCUAUCCGCAAACCGUUGCCAAGAAGCAAAUAAACUUCGAGAAGAACAGAUACAAGAACAUCCUGCCAUAUGACUCAUCGAGGGUACAACUGGCGAUACUCAAUGAUGACCCAGAUUCGGAUUACUUCAACGCAUCUUUCAUUCCUAGCUUCCAACAUCCUCGGAGGUACAUUGCAUCACAAGGACCGAACAAGGCCUCUAUGGAUGAUUUCUGGAGGAUGAUCUGGCAGGAGAAUGUGGCGACUAUUGCCAUGGUUACAAACCUUAGCGAAGGAAACAAGAUCAAGUGUCGUCAGUACUGGCCGGAAACGAGCACAACUCCUCUUCUGUUCGGUGACAUUACCGUGGAGUUGGAAUCUGUGGAGAAGUGCAGUGGCGGAUCAAAGCGAUCAUUUGUCCUGCGAAAGGGCAAAGCAAAGACUCAGAGAUUUCUCAAUCAGUUCCACUACACCAAAUGGCCUGAUCGAGAUGUUCCAAGGAACAUGUCCUCUCUGCUUGACUUUAUCUCUGAGGUGAGGAAGGAUCAUGAACAGAACAACUCUCCAUUGUUCAUUCACUGCAGCGCUGGUGUUGGGAGAACAGGUGUGUUGAUAACCAUUGACAGUGUAGUCAGUGAAGCCAAGAGAAACAAGCUAGUGGAUAUCUUCGGUUUCGUGUCGAAGAUCAGGCAGAGUCGACCCAACAUGGUGCAGACAAAGGAGCAGUACAAGUUUGUGUACGAGGCUGUUCUUGAAUAUCUACUGUCGGAGAAUACGGCUAUCCCGGUCAACUAUUUCACGUCUCGCUUGGCAAGGCUUCAGGAUAUUGAUCGCAACAGUAAAGGAAGGCGAACAGGAAUGUCUGUCCAGUUUGAGAGCAUCAAGAUCCUGUGCCCCGACCCUCCUGCAAGUAUGAUCAGAAAUGGAACCACUGCAGAGAAUAAACCUAAGAGUCGAUACGGCAACAGUCUUCCAAGCCGAGUGAAUCGAGUAAUGCUGCGCUCAGUUAACACUCAGUCUUCAGAUUUCAUCAAUGCUAGCUUCGUGAGAGGCAAUCAUGGUCGGUUGAUAACCACUGAGAUGCCUAUGCCUAACACCGUAGCUGAUUUCUGGGUGAUGAUACUUGACUACCAACCAACGGCUAUCAUCAUGCUGAAUGAUGAUAAUCAACGAGACAAGAGCUGUGCACGGUACUGGUUCGACAAUGGGAUGGCGACCUUUGGAUAUCUCUCUGUCUUAACAUUGGCGACUACCCAAAGAGAAGGCUUCAUCCAAAGGACAUUGGAAGUUUCUAGGGGAGAUAAGGUUCGUCAUGUUGUAGAGCAGUACCAGUUUCUAGAUUGGCCAGUCGAUGUGAUCAAACAGAAGAAGAGCGCACGAUCUCUUCUAAAGCUCAUAGAGGAAAUGAGGGAGGUCUACUCUACUCAAAACGAGUCGCCACUCGUAGUGCAUUGCUUGAAUGGAGUAGGUCGCACGGCAGUCUUCUGUACUGUGCUUGAGUGCAUCUCUCAGAUACUUGACGAGGAUGAUGUCAAUGUCUUCCAGACGGUGAAGAUGAUGCGGAAUGAUAGGAUGCACUUCGUUCAAACCGAGGAGGAGUAUGCAUUAAUCCAUAUGCUGAUCAAUGGGUAUAUACAAACCAACGAUUACGAGCAGUUGCCUUGCGCUGACAAUGACGAGCAUACAUACGGGAACUUGGAUUGCGCUGCACGCCCUGCCGCCGUAGAGAGCGUGUAUGAGUUAACCGAGAUCGAAGCUGGCGCCACAGCGUGUCCAUCGCAAACACACACAGAGGAAAGAAAUGCGAGUGAAGAUGGGGGAACACAACAAGUACAGGCUAAGACAACAGACGGAGAGACUCUCUACGAAAACUUUGCAUAUGAAUUUUAGGAGGUGGACUUACUACCAGAAUUAUCUUCUUAUUAUACUUGGUAAAAGUAUAACAUUCAUAGGGUAUGUCCUACUCUCGGCGUGAUAUAAUACAAAUAAUAUACACAUUCAGUAACUAGGAUUUUGUUAGGGUGCAAGGUUGGAUACACAAAAACAAGGAGAUUUUUCCAAUGAUAUAUUUCUUAUUCAUUCACUUAUUCAGAUAUAUUUAAUCAGGAUUACAAGAUCACUGGGAAAUGAAAAUAUCUGUUGUCGCAUUAA